ACUAAAGAGAGCGUAAAUAGAUGUUGCCUCUCAUUUGCAUGUACUUGCAUAACACCAAAAAUACCUCUUGCUCACCGGUUUAAAAAGGUUUCUUUUACGUAUAACUGCUCAUUGAUUUGUGUGCAUAUUCCAAAGUAUUCAGCUAUUGAUUGAUAUUGAUAUCGGGUGUUGUAAUUGAUCUCAGAAGUUUAAAAGUCCCUAUCCGAACGAGACGCAUUCGAUCGUGACUAUCGUCAGUGUUCGCACAAGAAAACAUUGGAGGCUCCUUUGUGAGGAUACUUUCUUCAUGAAACAGGCUACCCCAGCUAAUAUGACAGGCGAACAUUAUAACUCUUAUAGCAGCCAAUACAACGUGGAUUUCAUGUUUGUUUCCAAGAAGAAGUAGAUUGUAGAGGAAGCAUUCAAAGAUGGCUGAUCUCAAUUUUCAACCACUGAAUGCAAGUGCAAAUUCAUCCAGAGCAUCUUCCCCAGACAGUGCUUUUUAUGAAGAAUUGUCAUCCAAUCCAGGAAACAAAACCAGAUACUGGCCACGGAUUGAUGAGGCAUUUUCUAGGUUACGACGUCCAAGGUUGUUCCUAGGUGGGUACCAGAGACAUAACAUACUUGGCCCUUAUUCCUAUCUUUACGACACGGAUGCAGUUCAAUUAGAUCAACUGGAAUGGAAGGGUGGAAGACAUUAUCAUCUUGCUGCAAAGUACUGGGAAACUGAGCUGAGGGGGCUAUUAAAAAAUAGUGCAAAUCGCAUUGAAUACCCUAAAGAGAAAAAUUGCAACUGCCUAAAGAGGAUGGUGGGAAGAAUUCACCAAUCGAAUGGUUUUAAUUGUCUAGAUGUACUGGGGGCAUUUUUGGAUGCAUUAACUUUUGAAAUACCAUUCAAUGUAGUACCCAAAGGCAUGUCCAAAGUCAAGACAUACAUGGAAUAUGAGGACUUGGAUCUUAUCAAGUCUGCAAUAGACAAGAAACAUAUACACAGUGCAUGCAACGCUCUUGUUCAUCAGGUGAAAAAUGCUGAGAUGGUGUACUCGGAAAACGAUUUCAUAGAAAAAAUUUCAAUAGCUGGGGAAAGAAAAGAUGCUUGGUACAUUACAUCUCUAUUACAGUUUGCUUCUCCAAAUACGAUGAAACGUAUUUGUAAGGUGUUUUGCACAAUAGCCCCAGAGACAGACUUUUUAAGCCGAGUUAUUGUAAACAGCAUUAAAAGGAGGUUUCUGAAAAUGUAUAAAGAGAAAUUCCCAAUUUUUCAAAUAUGGACUGGGUCAAAUGAACUAAGAUAUGGACAUAGAGGAAUAGAUACAGUGGUUGUUAUUACAGAUAAACCCAUUUCGGAGGAUUUGGGAAAUACGUUUUGGGGUCUCACUCUUAUAACACGUUCAAAAAAUGAAUGCAAUGCAGAGGCGGAAAGUUUGCUGCGCUUUGAAACAUGUGAACGAUUGUUUAAUGAAAAUUUAUUUUUCGAUUUGAAAGAUAUUGAAAAUCUUUUCAUAAAUCACAGAAACAUAACAUUGAUAAAUACAUCAAGUGUUCGCUCGAUGGGAUUUAAAACAAAAUAUAGAAGUGUAGUAAGAGAAUCAGCGCUAGUCAUAUACUGCCAGGUCAAGGGAGUAGUUCCUAUUGGGGAAGAUUUAUUUCCCCGAAGAAUCAAUGGCUUUCCAGUGGAUGUUCGUGAAGGAACUUGUACCUUUGCUGUAAAAUCGCUGAAGUGUGCUGAAGAGAUUGGAACAGAAAGUAUAGGAAAAAUCGGUACUAUCGGAGGGUUUGUCGACCUCGAAGAUCCGAAAAGGAAGGCUUUUCUUACCUGUGCACACGUAGUUCUCCCAACUAAUAUAUUAAAAGACAAGAAAAACGAGUCGUACUUACGACGACAGGAAGUAUGUGUUUUGGAUAAAACACGUACAAAAAUUGGUGAAGUUUCAAAGACAGUAUUCAAUCACGGACAAUCAUCAGAUACAACUGUUGAUGCAGCUCUUGUGGAAAUCACAGAUCGGUAUCCUUGCGAGGGUUACUUUGCUGAUGUGUAUACAAGAGAGCAAUUGCUAGCUUGCGGUUUUUCAGCACAAAAUUCGCCACACUUCUCGAAUGGGCUAAUCGACUUAGUAACUGAGCAUAAUUUCCGAAUGCCGAUUCUGAAAGUCGGUGCGUCCAGUGGCAUUACCCUUGGUUCGUUAAAAAUAGGUACAAGUAGCGCACAGAUGAUCGACGAUUUCGACGUAAAUGUCGAUAAUUCUUUCAGGAUAAAGGUGUUUGGUCAGUUAGAAGUGAUCCCUAGGAUCGACCCUUCUCAACCAUCUGGUCCACAUCAAGCUUUUCUCAACGAUGGCGAUUCGGGAGCAUUUGUCUUCAUCAUUACAAACGAAAAUCCCCUUGUUUUGAAAUGCAUUGGUAUGGCCAUUGCCAAAACGUCCUAUGGAUCGUGUUUACUGACACCGAUCAACAAGAUCUUUGAUAAGCUUGACCUCCCUUACGAUUGUCUGUCAAAUUUCACUGUACAAAAGGGAGUUCUGGAUAAUGAUUCUGACAGUCUUCGAAACAUGAUGCUAAUGAUAUCCCAACAGCUAAUGGAAGUGAAAACAACAAUGGAUGUCAAUGUUCAGGAAACAAGAAAAGAUCGUGAAGAAAUGAAAGAAAUGAAAACAAAAUUAGAUAGAAUAGAUGAAAGACUAACGGCGGCAGAAUCAGAAAUUCACCCCAACAAGAAAAGCUGAAAAUGAGAAUAUUGCAGGAGAUAGGGAUACGCAGCUGAGUUAAGGCUAUCCGAGGAAAAUCACAGUGCUGUUAUAAAUGUACCUCAAUGCACUUCCCACCAUAUGACAUCACAAUGAAAAAAUACGUCACAGCAUGCAUGUUCUGAUAGAUGUAUCGCGGGGAAAGUGUCAUAAUAUUUUGUCAUUAUUUACUAAUGUUAUCAAGUGAUAAGAUGUAUACGUGAAAACAUUUCUUGUCAAAUGAUUCUAUAUAUUAUUCCUUUAUGAUAUCAAAUCAUUUCCCAUUUUUAAUAUAUAAUAUACACGAAGGUAAUAUUCAUAUCAUAUUGUGACCUUGAAAUCGCCCCUAAUCUGAAUGACUGAUGCAUUUAAAAAUUCCCUCUUGUACAUAAAUAAUCUCAUACAUGUACUACAGAAACUGCGGCAAAGUUCAGGUUCAUCUGCUAUAAAAAACAAUAUGAAUUUUUCUGAAAUAUAAUCUAGAUAUAUCUAUGCAUUUGGAAAGUGCGGGAAGCAAUUUCUGUCAUGUAUAUUAACAGUAUGAUAUACAUAGGAAUGUGGACAACCCCGGUAAUUCGCUGAUGACUGUUGAUAUGUUGAUAACUUACAGCAUGUUCAGCUUGUAGGUUUAACACGUAAAAACAUAUAUAUGAAAUACAGUCUAUUUAUCAAAAAUACAUAACUAAAUAUAGCAGAUACACAUAAACUUACGCACCGAUUGCUUAUGAUGCGAUUAUCAUGUAUCCCUUCUUUCAGUGGAAGACAUAUUGUUUUUUGUACUUUCUGUCCGUUCGUCCGUCUGUCUGUCACAAAAUCUUGUGAUUAAAAUAAUUAUAGAUGGCUCGAUGCAAGGUGAAGAUAAUGAACAGUGAUCAAUCUCAUAACUCCUACAAGCAAUACAAAAUAGAUAGUUGGGCAAACACGGACUCCUGGACACACCAGAGGUGGGAUCAGGUGCCUAGGAGGAGUAAGCAUCCCCUGUUGACAGGUCACACCCGCCGUGAGCCCCAUAUCCUGAUCAGGUAAACGGAGUUAUCCACAGUCAAAUCAGUGUGCCAAGAACGGCUUAACAAUCGGUAUGAAACACGUCAGACAGCAUUUGACCCAAUGCGAGGUUGUAUUGACGAACUAGAUCGUUAUAACGACCAUAGAAUUUGCGAAAUGCUGACUUCAAUCGAGACUGUUGAAAUCCCUGUACCAUCAACUUGUUUGUCAGUAACUUACCUCGAUUUAAAAACUGACUAUACCCAGAACAAGCUCUUGCAUAUCGAAUUAGUUGAGAUAUAUAAACACCAUAUGCAGGUGAUAAUGGAAUAUUGCUACAUAAAUGUGGGAAUAUAUCAGACAAGUCAAAGAAGACGUAAUUAGAGGAAAAUGUAGAAUUAGAAUGUUUUCUUAGACUAGUAAUAUUACACGCGCCGACGAAAAGGCUAUGAAAGAACUAUUGACGGAUCAGAUAUUAAAAGAAAUAGUAUAUCUAAGAAGGGUGAAGUAAAAUACUUUGUGAAAAUUUCUCCUACUCUAUGGCUUAUCGGAUAGAUUCGAAACUUUGUACAAUGCUUUAUUGCCAUUUGCAGAUGUGCAUAUUUUCUGGACAGGAGUAUCCAAUUAUUUUCCUAAACGCUAUAGUGGGUCUAAAAGGGGUGGAGGAUGUUAAAAUAGCUUGUGAAUGCUUCUCCUAUGUGGCUUAUCCAAUAGACUUGAAGUUUUGUACAAUACUUCAAUGCCAUUUGCAGGUGUGCAUAUUGCAGGGACAGGAGGAUCCAACUGUUGUCCUUAAAGUUAUAGUGAAUCUGAGGGGUGGACGGUGUAAAAUAGCUUGUGAGCACUUCUCCUAUGUAACUUAUCGGAGUUCACGAUAUAUGUGUUCUUGCUCAUGCUUUUCCUCCAUACCAUGCAGUGCCUUAAGGGAGGAUGUUUCAUUUGGAGCACUUCCAAUUUGGGGAGCUGGGGACACAUUUGUUUUACAAAAAAAAAGAUAUCUAGUUUAUACAGAGGAGUCCAUUUCUAAACAUACCAUAUAUCGAUAUUAAGGUAAGGUUUGCAACAGCUGGGGAAAGAACUCGUGUUGUGCAGAAAUGUAAGGGCGAUUUCAAGGUCAAUAUAUCAAAAUUACCUUUCGUCAUAAUGUAUAUGAACAAGAAUAUCGAAAGCGAUAAUUCAUACAAUGAUGCCAAAGAUUCAGUGCAAUAUGAGAAAAUGACAAGUAAUUUAUUUGACCUACUUAAAAAUAGGUCAUGGUCCACCCAUUAAGUUGAUAUGCAAACUGAAUCUAUUUUUCUGAGAAGAAGGUUGUGGUUACAUUUCAGGGCAAUACCGAUAUAUAUGUAUAACGAACAGAAAUCUGGAAAUCUGACCCAAUUUUACACCUAACGUAAGUCACGGUGCAACAAUCCAACUGAAAUGCAAACUGGACUUGUAUUCUUUCAAGAGAAAGUUUUUGACUGAAUUUCAGUAACGAAAAACUCCGGAAAACUGUUAGACAUACAUUUAGUGGGUCACAGUACACUAAUCCACCUGAAAUGCAAACUCACUCUUACGAUUGUGACUAGAUUUCAACGCUGUGAAUGCAUAUGUUAGGGAAAAUCUCCGGAAAACAAUUAUCUUGGAUGGACAGACGGACGGAUAGGUCCAAAAGAUAAUACGUCCCAUCUUACGACGGACGUUGAAAACUGAAAUUUCAAUAAUACCAAAGAGAAAUAAUAUAUAAUUUUUUGAUAAGGAGCUUUACACCUUAAAAGGGGAAGACAGCGAACAGUGAUCAAUCUUACAACAGUUGUUACUCCGAUAAAGAAUUCGAAAUUAAGGAUUGGACAAACUCGAAUAUACCAGAGGUGGGAUCAGGUGCUUAGGAGUAGUUAGCAUCCCCUAUCGACAGGUCACGUCCACCGUGAGCCAUACAUCCUCAUAAGAUAAAUGGGGCAAUCCGUAGUCCAACCAGUAUGCAAAAAAUGCCUAACAAUUGGACAACAUAAGACCCAAUGACAGGUUGUAUUGGCAAACUAGACCGUUAUAACGACCAUUUAAUUUGCGAAUUGCUGGAUUUCAACCAGACUGCUGAAACCCCUAUACUAUCAACUUGUUUGUCAGUAGCUUGUCUCGAUUAAAAAAGUGGUCAAAUGCAAAACAAGGGCUUGCAUAGCGAAUCGGUUUAGAAACAUAAACACCAUAUGCAGUUAAUUAUGGAAUACUGUUACAGUUAUUGGAGGUUGACAAUGGAGAAACUGAAGUAAUUCCCUUUGUCAUAAAGUUGAGUUGUUAGUUUGCCGUUAAUAUAUAUGUUCAAUAAUAUAUCUAAGUACAAAGCAGAUGUGGAAGACUCUGUAGUGUUUUUAUUUCGAGUUCAUUGGGAUACUGUAUAUAAAAUCGACAUAUGAAUGGAAAUUGUCAUUGUUAAUAGAUUAAAUGUCGAUAUAUGUAUCGAGUUGAAGGUCAUGCCAAUUUUGUGGAAAGAGUAUUUUUGAUUUCUAUAUUGAAGGAGAAUUAGGAAAUUAAAAAGAAAAUCCGGGGUUACAAUGCUUGUUAUUGAGCUACAGUGUUCUACACAUGACAUUUUUGUACUUAAAAUUGAGUCAAGAUUUGCUUGAGUUGUUUGAUGUUGUCUACACAACGUAAGCAACACAAAUCAAUCAUUACAUAAAAAUAUGCAAAAAUCGUAUCGUGACGGAAUACCGAUGAAUCAAAUUAUAUUGAUCCAUUCCUGUUUUGAGCUCAUUGAAAACGAAUAUCAAAUGGUCGCGUCUGUUUCGCUAUUAUUGUACAUUCAUUCUGAGUGUCGUUAAAAUACAUUGGCAAUUUGUAUAUUACAGGCCUCUUCCCAAAGACAGAUAUUAAAUAAACAUAUAUACAUGUGUACGUGUAUGAAAAGAGAUAAAAUGAUUACAAAAAACUUCUCGUAAGGAAAGAGUGAAACAUCUUUGGCGGGGAGAGGGUUGUGAACGGUCUGCACAAAACGAUAAUCAUGCCAUGCAUACUUUGAUUUUUUCUGCACUAUUUGUUUCAUUCUGGGGUUAGUUUAAACUAGGAUUAGUUUUUUUAAAAUUAUAAAUGUAUGGUCUAUUAUUGGUAACUUAUUGUCAACAGUUUAUCUAAAUUAUGAACUUGUACUUUUUGUCUAAUACAAUUGUUAUUUGUUUUGCUUAUAGGUCAAUGCCUUAGACUUAACUUAUAUAUUUCUACAACAAUAAACAAACAUAAAGUCGAAUAAAGACUUUCCUUGCUGCUAGGUUACAAUAUGAACUUAUGACUUAUGAACACGUUGGAAUAAAAGGAAAUGAAUAUUUUAAACUUCGGAAAUAAAGGAAAAAGAUGCAGAAAUUGUAUCGUCAUGGAAUAUGAUUAUUCAACUUUAUUUAUUCAUUGAUUCAUUGAAAAAGUCGUGUCUGUUUCACUAUUUUCUUGCAUUCAAUCUGCGUGCCAUUAAAACACAUGUGCAAUUUGUGUACUCCUGGCCACUUCUCAACGACAGAUGUUGAAUAAACCUAUACAUUUUUACAUACGUGUAUCACAACAAAUAAAAUUAUAAAAAUAAGUUCUCGUCAGGUAAGACUGGAACAUACUCUUGGGCGGGGUUUGGGGGUUGGGUUACAUCUAUCGACUUUUAGAUAUAUCGAUGACGUUUUGUCUAUUAACAAUGAUAGCUUUCAUUCAUAUGUCGAUUUGAUAUAUCCCUGUGAGCUCGAAAUAAAGGACACCACAGAGUCGUCCACUUCUGCUUCAUACUUAGAUAUUUUAUUGAAAGUAGACAUUAACGGCAAACUAACAACUCAACUGUAUGACAAACGGGAUGAUUUCAGCUUCUCCAUCGUCAACUUCCCACAUUUAUGUAGCAAUAUUCCAUUAUCACCUGCAUAUGGUGUUUAUAUAUCUCAACUGAUUCGAUAUACAAGAGCUUGUUCUGGGUAUAGUCAGUUUUUAAAUCGAGGUAAGCUGCUGACAAACAAGUUGAUGGUACAGGGAUUUCAACAGUCUCGAUUGAAGUCAGCAUUUCGCAAAUUCUAUGGUCGUUAUAACGAUCUAGUUCGUCAAUACAACCUCGCAUUGGGUCAAAUGCUGUCUGACGUGUUUCAUACCGAUUGUUAAGCCGUUCUUGGCACACUGAUUUUGACUGCGGAUAACUCCGUUUACCUGAUCAGGAUAUGGGGCUCACGGCGGGUGUGACCGGUCAACAGGGGAUGCUUACUCCUCCUAGGCACCUGAUCCCACCUCUGGUGUCCAGGGGUCCGUGUUUGCCCAACUAUAUAUUUUGUAUUGCUUGUAGGAGUUAUGAGAUUGAUCACUGUUCGUUAUCUUCACCUUGCAUCUAGACAUCGUAAUAGCCAGUCGAUAAGAACUUGUCACCUUGGAUAAGAAGAGAAAAUACAAAACCAAAAGAAACAGUCAAAAUAUGAUUGAAAUAGAUUGAGAAAUAAAUCAAACAUAUAAAUGAAUAGAUAAAACAAUUAUGACUAACUGCAGUAAUGAUCAGCAGAUAUGCGAGCGGAUUUAACAUCCAAUUUUAAUUAGAUUGUUGCAUUUGCCUCGAUUUUAAACCUAUAGAAAAUUACAUUCAUUUUUGAGAGACAAAAAUAUAAACACCUCUUUUGUCAUAUUUCAAUUGCCCCCGCCGAUUUUCACACCUUCUGUACGAAUGUUAAUUUCAAAUACCCGGAUUAGCUGAUCUCUAUUGUGGUAAAAAAAAAAAAAAGCAGUUUGGAAUUUGCAUAGAAUAUACAAGUUAUACACAGGUCGG